AAGAUUUCUAUUGUGAAACUGUCAACAAAAUUUAAUUUGCAAAUAUUGAAGCAAAAUUCUUGAUCUGGAGGCUAGAUCUAGAUCCGAUUUAAAUGAUAGAUUUACUCAAUGAUCUAGUUGACGCGUAUGCUACGUAUUAAAUAUGUCUUCUAAUUGUUCAAAAUUCUUUGAGUAUAUGAGACUCAUUGGACAGUUAAAGCAGGUGGAGAGGACAGGAUGGGUUCGUAAAGGUGUCAAGAACCCUGAAAGUGUUGCUGAACAUAGUUAUAGAAUGGCCAUGGCUGCUUUCGCUCUGCCACCAAAUUCAAAUCUUGACAAAGACAAAUGCAUCAAAAUAGCUCUGGUACAUGAUAUGGCUGAGAGUAUUGUCGGUGAUCUGACACCCUGGUGUGGAGUUAGUAAGGAGGAAAAGAGCAAGAAAGAAAAGGAAGCAACAACACACAUAACUAGUCUUGUGCCUGAUGAAGCUGGCAAAGAAAUGUAUCAGUUAUGGCUGGAAUAUGAAAACCAGUCAAGCCCAGAAGCUCAGUUUGUAAAAGACUUGGACAAGUUUGAAAUGCUGGUACAGGCCUAUGAGUAUGAAGAUUUACAGAGUAAACCCAGGAGUCUUCAAGAGUUUUUUGAUCACACUCUUGAAAAGUACAAGUUUGCUACAGAGCAUGUCAAGAAAUGGAUGGAGGAACUCAUCCUGCACCGGGACAAGUCCAAGCCUCUAGACUCACUGAAAUCUGUUGGGAGUGCUGACAAGCAGGGGGCCCAAUCUCCACUGAUCAAGAAAAGAAAACUAGAUAUCAAUCCAGAGGACUCCAUUCAUUAACACGCUGAAGGGUUUUAGCAUUACUUUAAUUUAUAUUGAAUUCAAUAGCAGUAAUGUCAUUAAAAGGGCCCAGUUAUGACAUUUUACUCAACACAAAAUACUUUCAAUUUAGAGAUCUGUAGUAUAAUUGUUUAUAGAAGAUUAUUUUGAAAUAUUUUGUAUUAUUAAAAGAUUGGUCUGCUCAAUUUUAAGCUAUUUAAGAAACUACAGUGACUUGAAAUAAAACAAAGUGAAGUGUCAAAUAUUUUAGUAACAUUUACAUUUGACUAAAUAAAACAACAACAACAUAGGGAGAUUAUAUAUUACAAUAUACUGUUUAUGACAUUGUGGUAAUUAUUCAGUUUUAACAAGAUGAGAUUAAGUAUGUCAAAUUUUCUGUUUAACAAUGGUUGGGUUCUUAAUUCAUCAUACUCUUCUAGAUGAAACUUUGAACAUCAAUAUUAAUGAUAAAAAUGGUUUGAUUUCUAAUUUAUAUAGGGAAAAAAUAAACAGAAAACAUCCCCAGCAAACCACAAGCUGGCUACACUUUGAAAACUAAAUAAUAGAAAUAAAAUGUUCAAAUUCAUCCCUAUUAUUUUAUGGCAUAGAAUGUAUGUGUUUAGUACAUUCAAACUGUAUGAUAAAUCUGUAAUUUGAUAAAGAUAAUAAUAUUUAGGUGUAUGCUAUAGUUUGCAUGAUCAAAGCCAUUUUUUGUAAAAAAUGAAUGAAUUUCAUGUGUGACCUUAUUCUAUCUGAUAAGUCAAAUAAAAUGUAAAGAGUAAUUAAAUCAAAGUGAUACUGAGCUAGUAUUGAGUUGUGCAAUAUUGUGCUACUGUCUUUUCUAACGAGCUAUUAAUACUCUUUGACAUAAGUGAAGUGUUCAUUAGUAAGUAAUGCAAUAGGCUAAUGUUUUAUCCCCCAACUAGAAAAAAAAUACAGCGGCUAGAGAAAUCUUUUGUGCCUGACAGUGAUUUAAAUGUCAAACGUUUAUUCCCUCUCAGUUCCUUUGCUUACAUGAUUUUAGAACAUCAUACUAUUGAUACAAAUUUCAUGAUUCAUUGACACAAGAUAUCGAUACUGUUUAGUGAUUUAUGGCAUCCAUAUUUACCUUAAACCUCUGAAUUAAUGAACAAUUUUCAAGUCUGGGUAUGUGAAAAUUAUGACAUUUUAAAAAUUGAUUUUGAUAUUUAUUAUUUAAAAAAAAAAAUGCCCACUCAUUACCAUAAGGCUUGGCUUGGGCAUAAGAAAACUUUAAAAUAUUUAGAGCAAGCUAUUAGUGUAUUCAGUAUAAAAAGGUUUGUCUGUAGGUAAAAAAAAAAAAAAGGACCCCGCCCAAAAAAAUAAAGAAAAAGCACAUGAUACAGGGUUUAUUUAACUUUCUUUUUAAUAUAUAUGUAUAUUAUUUCGAUAGUUUUAGUUUAACUAAUCUCCUCAUUUCACUGAUCUUCUUUGUGUAGAAAGGAAAAAAUAACAUUUUAAAUUUAAACAUCUAUUAGACAUUGUUUUGAUGAUUGAUUUUUGUUACUAAUAAAAUGUUGACUUUAUGGGGCAUUUUAAACAGCAGCAUUUGAGAAUGUUUGAAUUUGUAGCUAAAUUAAAAUGUCUAUUCUGUGACAAGUUUCUGUAGAAAAUGAUUGCAGGGGAAGUAACUAAUCAUGUGUGGAGAUUGAAUGAAUGUCUGUUUCAUAUAGAUAAUUUUUGCAUUUGUAGAACUAGCUUUAGAAUGAAAUGCCUAAAGAAUAUAGUUUAAAAUGUUUAAUGAGCAUAACUGAAGUAAACAUCUAAAGACAUUUUUUGUUUCAUCAGCGUGAUUCAUAGCGAGAAUGAUCAGAGCAGAGAAUGUAUUGUACCAUGUGAGUUCAUUUGUUUUUAAAUAGUAGAUUAUAAAUGAAUUGCAAUGUGUAAACUUAUAUUUGAUUGUACAGUUUUCUGUACAUUUGAGUUAACUAUUAUGUAAAUUUAAAUUUUCUACAUACAGCCAAUUUUGGUUAAUGGAUCUCAUCCCAAGCAUUGUUUUGGUCCUAAUAACCUAUGGUCCAAUUAACCAUUACUUCUUGAAGUUGUCUUUAAAAGUGGUCAAUAGGAAGUUUUUUAUCAUUGAUUACUAUAGAGACCAUUUUGAAAAACAUCUAAAAGUGAAAACAUUUGAGCCAUAUUUAUUUAUGCCAGUUUUUUUUUCCCUUGUGUGUGUUUUGUUUGUUGGUGAACAAUAAAAGACUUUGAACAUUUAUCAGAAUGAACACCUAAACACCUGGAUCACCUUUGUAGCUCACCCACAGCCAACAGUUGACUCAAAUGGUACAAAUAGUAUUUCUUGAACACAUCCAGUGCAUUCAACAAUGAAGUAUUGACACUAGGAAUCAGUUGUGUGACCUCUUUUAAUAAAGUAAACAAAAAUUACUUACAUAAAUAUCUUAAAACACAUUUUGCUUCACAUCCGAAAUAUAAGCCUUUUUUUUUGUUUUCAGAAAAAAACUUAUAUCAUAUACGUGUGAAAUGUCUAGGCCGAGGUGACUGUUUGGAAACAUGUUUUUUUUAAUUUUAUUUCUAACUAUUUGUUUGAUCAUCCCAUGAUGGUGUAUAUAGAUCUAAUUUACAAUAAAGCAAUUCACAUUGUU